AUGAGCGUGGUUAUCGAGGAGAACAUGCUGACUCUGGUGUACUCCUCUACUGGAGCAGGACGCCCUGCGUCCGCCGCCAACGGUCAUCUGAAGUUUAGCCAGGACGCGGUCAUGCUCGUACAUCUGACCUCUUUUUCAUCCAGCAACUCGCCGACGGAUGGUUUCACUGUGAACGAGAAAGUGACGACGGACGACCUGUACGGGAACAGCACGGCGGCCAGUGUAACAUCCCAGUGUUCGUUGAUCCUCACCGACAUCCAACACCCCGGGAAAGGCGUGGACUCGCCAACCAAGGCUUUGAUGUUCCNUAUCCAGCAACUCGCCGACGGAUUGUUUCACUGUGAACGAGAAAGUGACGACGGACGACCUGUACGGGAACAGCACGGCGGCCAGUGUAACAUCCCAGUGCUCGUCGAUCCUCACCGACAUCCAACACCCCGGGAAAGGCGUGGACUGGCCGACCAAGGCUUUCAUGUUCCUCGUGAACAGGAUACUUCCGGAGAUGCGCUAAAACGUGUAUAUUUCUUCUCGGUAACCCGGCCCCACAAAAGUGACCAGCGUAAUGCCGCCUUAUGCCGCAGAUACUCGCGUCAAGGCGACACCGUCUUACUAUUCGGCGCGGAACACAACACCGGAGUGGAAACUGCUAUUUCACGCGGUCGGAAGGUUGAGGCCUUCGUCGCAUCGCCUGAGGCGGCGGCGAAAGUGGAGGCUAGGACCGAGAUCGCAUUCCAAACGGCGUAUGCGCAGGGGAUUUUUAAGGUGCGCACCGGGUAG